AGAGUAGAGAAUAGAGAUCCAGUCAAUAGACAAACAAUAUCUUUCUCUCUCUGUUUGGUUUGGCCUCUUGCUGUAAGAAGCCAGCCACACUAUUACGCUUCUGUGGAACCAUCGAUCCCACUCAAUGGGCCUUUGCAAGUUCCACAUCGGUUGAUCUUUGUGUCAGGUGGCUUAGUGUUAUCCUUAAUUAUUCUUGUGGUCAGUAUUUCUCUUCUUUCUUUCUUCUUUUCCAAUGAGCUUUGAUUUGUAUAACUGUAUAAGAAUUUGCGAUUCAAUAUAUUUUUUCUAUUGUUAGCUUUUUAAUUUCACUUGUGACUUCAUUGAUUUCUAUUAUUAUCAUGUUUUAGAUUUGUUUUGAAGAAACUGUGUGUUUAGAUUCAAUUUGAAGCUUAGCUAGUUCAAGCUUUCUUAAACGAUUUACUAUGCAGAUUGCUGAAUAAUCAAACUCAUAUGUGUCCUAAUUUAGUUUUUUUCGAGGAUAGCAAUCUCAAUUCUCAACCUCUGAAAUUUGUCUUCAACUUAUUCUGAAUACUGAUCUAAGCUUCUAUUUUAUUUUCUAUAACUGAAGAAUCAAAAUAGAAGCCUGAAAUCGGAAGUAUUUUUAUUUGUGUCUUGAACAUGAAAACUUUGCAGAACUAAAAAUUCAAAAGAACAAUGACUCAGUUUUGAUUUUUUUUUUAUUUUUUAUUUUGCAGACAUACUAGUUUGUAUGAUCAUAUUUUCUCGGAUUGUUUAGGAGGUCUAGUUUAAUUGACUUGACCAGGAUGGAUGGAUUAUUAUAAAUCUUAACCUUCACUUCAUAUUGAUCGAUAAAACAAAAAUAUUUUCUCGGAUUUUGAGAUUAUGGGUAGAGGAAGAGGAAAGGGUAAAAAGUUAACUAUUAGCAAUGAGGAGGAUCCAAUAAGUGGUGAAGAUGAAAAGGUUCCUAAGCAAAAAAGAAGAGGGAGGCCACAAAAACUGUUUAAGGAUGACUUUGAUGAAGAAGAAAUUGAGGAAAUAUUAGAAGAGGAUGCCUGUGGUGGUGACAACGUUAAGAAUGUAGUGUCUAGCAAAGAGAUGAAAAAUUUGAAUACUACAAAACAUGGGAGAAAAAGAAAACGAAAUUUACAGGAGAAAAUAGAACCAAUUGAUGAGAAAAUUAAUGUUGUUGUAAACGGAUCAAAUACUGAUGAGUUGACAAAGUGUAAUGGUUUUCGGCAUAAUGGAAGCAGGCGUAAAAGCAAACCUCGUCGAGCUGCAGAAGCUGGUGUGCAGUGUAAGCAAGACUAUGCUUGAGAUAGCAUUAUUCUCAAUUCUCAUCUUGCCAGCUAUGUCAUCAUCUAUGGCAAUUCAUUUCUUUCAUUUCAUUUUAUUUUAUUUUAUUUAGUUUUUUUUUUUUUUGCCUCUGCUGGUCUGAGGGCUUCUUUUGGGGAUUCCUUGUCAUUAUUUUCUAUUUUUAUUUCAAGAAUGAAUCGGGAAAUUUAUUAUUAUGGUUGUAGGUUUAUUAUGACAUGUCAUUUUUCGGUUCAAAUCAUUUUAAUGUUUAUAUUAUGGUCAUGUUUAAAUGACUUUUUUA